GCUUUGCGUCGGCCGACGAGUAACCAGCCGUGGGGUCACCAGAUAAAUUAUGUCAAACGGAGUGGUGUUACGAACGUGAAACGAUUAUCGGUAUUCGCUGUGCUCGCAUACAAAAGUUGCAAAGUGCGCGCUCAUAUACAAUUUGAGUGUGGUGCCGAUGUAAUUUAUAGACUGAUUAUCUCACAGAUUUUCUUUAAAUAAGUGUUAAUUUUGAAUGAUCGUGUAUAAACGUGUACAUUCGUUAUUGUCGUUUUGUACAAAUGUACGUAUCUGUAUUUAUUUCUUUGAAAAAAUCAUGCUGACCCGGCAACAUCAACUGGAGCAGACGAUCGCCCGAAAAUGGGGUUGAAACGACGACGUAACAAAGGAGGGCGCCGAUGAAGUGAUUAAUUCGACCGCGAGUGAGGGUGUAGAAGAAAAUGAUGACUGCCAUGGCCAGAUUGCCUUGCAAGCAGACUUCGCCUUCGCAGCAGCCGCAGGUCAAUAAUUUCGGUAACAGUCGAAACUGCUAUUGGAACAUGCAGACCAGGCACCCAGCACCUCCGUACGUGAGGAAUCAUCAACGGCAAACUGAUCAUACUGGGAAGCGGAAGAGCGCCGUGGAACUGCUCCAGGAGACGAAGGCGUUCUACGUGAAGAGCGAGACGGUGCUGGACCGGAAACAGGAGUUGAAGAACAGCGGUCAUCUUCAGGUGUCGCAGCUGAGCGCACCGGGCGCGCCACCUAGGCUGCUGAGGAAAUGCGGGAGCGCGUCUGCAUGCUCGAUGCAACCGACGUCGCCGUCGCAGUUACCACCCGCCCCGAUGACGCCACCUUGUUGCUGGGCAUCGUGCCACGAGCAGGACAGGCCGGACGGAAUUCUAAGUCCUCAACAAACACUGCCACCCGCACUGCCACCGAAGAGUCCGCGGCUGGUUCCUGUUCCGCAGCGGCGCACCAUUUCAGGGCCGCCGAGCAGCACCGGUGGAGAUCAACUGCAGACGAAAUUACGUCGAUUGUUGAACACCGAUAGCAAGGAGAACGUAUUCUUCCCGGACAGCCCGACGCAGACCAUCGUCCAGACGAACGGUAUCCCACAGGAGGAGAAAUUUCGAUAUUCUCCGGGAAGCUUGUCACCGAAUUUUCGGGAGGAGGAUCGCGUAAAGCUUGGUGUUGUACGUAUAGUUCGUGUUCGAAAGAAGAUCGACCACUGCACGCAAGACGUUCGUUUCAAGUUUGGCCGGAGCAACUCUCAUUCGCACACAUCCGGAAGAUCUGGAAGGAAAUCCACCAGCUCCCAAUCGGUGGAGAACACCGUGUGCCACAAAUCUUUGCCCGAUCUCCAUACCAGCACGCGACGACGGGCGUCCCUGUCGCCACGUGCAUCCACCAAAUCAUCUAAGCCAUCCGGCCAUCAUCAAUCCUCCAGUAAUUGCCCAGAUUGUGAAACUAGUUCCGACUAUUCAGAGCACAGUUUUAAACGAGAUGCGGUCUGUUAUCGCAGUUCUAGACACAUCAGACGUUCGUUAGGUUCGGGUGGUGGCGAUGCCAGUAGUGUAUUAUCCGCCGGUGGUCGCACUCAAAAGUCAUCAGGUUCCAGCAAGUUAAGUCACGGAGCGACUGCGAGAGAUUCUGGCGGCUCGUCUGGACACUGCACGCCUCGCAGCGAACCUCCACCAGUAAUACAAGAUUGCUGGAGUCAUAUACGUCGUGACAGCGGUGCAUCCACUCAACACUCGACUGAAAAAGAUCGUUCAAGAAGAGGUAGUUACGCUAACGGUACCCCAACAUCUGUUGUAAGACGCUAUAGUCCUGAAUCUGAGAGCAGCAACAGUCAAACGGAUUAUAGUCCAACAUGCAAUUCAAGAUUCUCUGAUGGCUGGAAAGAAGGUCGUGGCCGACCAAUUCUGAGAUCAAAAUCGGAUAUUAGUGAUCGUUAUUGGCGUCAAGAUAAUGGUCGAUCCAAUAAAGUACCUGCACGACCUCCUCGGUCAAUUACUCAACUCGAGAAUUUCUUCGAUUGUUUAGGUCUUGAUUCGGAUAAUUAUCAACGUAUCACGAAACCAGAUUCCAAGUCGUCAUCCCCCGUAUUUUUUGAUAGCGUUAGCUCGGUCGACUCGGCAUUAGGCCUUUACUCUUGGGCUGGGAACAACCAAACGAAUCAAAGUAGUCAAUGGCAGAAUAAUGAUUGCAGCGUCGGUAUGGGUAACGAUGACAGUAACCAGAGAGUCAAUGAUCCUCCUAGUAUUGUAGAACGCAAUGCUCGAAUAAUUAAAUGGCUCUGUCAGUGUCGAAAAGUGCAGUUUGGAUUUAGUUAAGCAAAACGAGUUUAAGAAGAGGACAAUCGAUUCUCCAUUCUCAGUAACAUGCAUUCAAGUCAACGAAAGUAGAAUUUUUCAUCUUGCCAACAAUUAAUCUUUUCAAGAUAUGUCGCAAAAAACUUUUGCUUUAAUUUUUGUAAGGAAAUUGCACGAAUGUAAGCAAAUACCUUUUUCCUGCUUCUUUUUAGUUACUAAUGCUACAACGAGUGGCAUAUUAUAUAAUUUAUCUUCCUUUUUUUUAUUUUAAGUUUUUACAAGCGUAUGUGCCAUCUACUUAUAUAAUUUGUU